UUAAAUAUUUGGUCCCCCAGUAGACGGCGCUAUUUGGGCAGGUUUAGAAGGUAUGAUCUUGCUUUUCCCCUGCUGCCGCCAAGUUCCACGGAGGAGGAAGCUGGGGUGCGUUCAAGAUUCGGUGUCACCCGUAAUCCACCGCCAUCCACCGCCAUGGCCGAGGAAGGCAUAGCUGCUGGAGGUGUAAUGGACAUCAACACUGCUCUACAAGAGGUGCCGAAGACUGCCCUCAUCCACGAUGGUCUAGCACGUGGCAUAUGCGAAGCUGCCAAAGCCUUAGACAAGCGCCAAGGCCAUCUCUGUGUGCUUGCAUCCAACUAUGAUGAGCCCAUGUAUGUCAAGCUGGUGGCGGCACUCUGUGCUGAGCACCAGAUCAACCUGAUAAAGGUUGAUGACAACAAGAAACUAGGAGAAUGGGUAGGCCUCUGUAAAAUCGAUCGAGAGGGGAAACCACGGAAAGUGGUUGGUUGCAGUUGCGUUGUGGUUAAGGACUAUGGCAAAGAAUCUCAGGCCAAGGAUGUCAUCGAGGAGUACUUCGAAUACAAGAAAUGAAUAAAUAAAAUUUUGGCUCAUUAAAAAAAGAAGAAGAAGAAGAAGGUGACUCAGCUGACACCUUGAUUUGAGAUUUAUAAGACCUUCAUAACUCAGCUCCUCCCUGUUCCAGAGACAGCCGCAUCUUCUCGUGCAGUACCAGCCUCGUCUCAUAGACAAGAUGGUGAAGGUCAGUGUGAAUGGAUUUGGCAGUAUUGGGCACCUGGCUACCAGGGCUGCCUUCUCUUCUGCAUCUGGCAAAGUGGAGAUUGUUGCCAUCAACGACCCCUUCAUUGACCUCAACUACAUGGUCUACAUGUUCCAGUAUGACUCUACCCAUGGCAAGUUCAAUGGCACAGUCAAGGCUGAGAAUGCGAAGCUUGUUAUCAACAGGAAGCCCAUCACCAUCUUCCAGGAGCGAGAUCCCACUAACAUCAAAUGGGGUGACGCUGGUGCUGAGUAUGUCGUGUAGUCUACUGGUGUCUUCACCACCAUGGAUAAGGCUGGGGCCAAAAGGGUCAUCAUCUCCACCCCUUCAGCCGAUGCCCCCAUGUUUGUGAUGGGCGUGAAUCACAAGAAAUAUGACAACUCCCUCAAGAUUGUCAGCAGUGCAUCCUGCACCACCAACUGCUUAGCCCCCCUGGCCAAGGUCAUCCAUGACAACUUUGGCAUCAUGGAAGGGCUCAUGACUACAGUCCAUGCCAUCACUGCCACUCAGAAGACUGUGGAUGGCCCCUCUGGAAAGCUGUGGCGUGAUGGCCGUGGGGUAGCCCAGAACAUCAUCCCUCCAUCCACUGGUGCUGCCAAGGCUGUGGACAAGGUCAUCCCAGAGCUGAACGGGAAGCUCACUGGCAUGGCCUUCCGUGUUCCUACUCACCAUGUAUCCAUUGUGGAUCUGACAUGCUGCCUGGAGAAACCUGCCAAGUGUGAUGACAUCAAGAAGGUGGUGAAUCAGGCGUCUGAGGGUCCACUAAAGGGCAUCCUGGGCUACACUGAGGUCCAGGUUGUCUCCUGUGACUUCAACAGCAACUCCCACUCUUCCACCUUUGAUGCUGGGGCUGGCAUUGCUCUCAAUGACAACUUUGUAAAGCUCAUUUCCUGGUAUGACAACGAAUAUGGCUACAGCAACAGGGUGGUGGACCUCAUGGCCUACAUGGCCUCCAAGGAGUAAGAAACCCUGGACCACCCACCCCAGCCCAGCAAGGAUUCUGAGAGCAAGAGAGAGGCCCUCAGUUGCUGAGGAGUCCCCAUCCCAACUCAGCACCCAACACUGAGCACCUCCCUCACAAUUCCAUCCCAGACCCCCAUAAUAAGAGGAGGGGCCUGGGGAGCCCUCCUUUCUCUCUUGAAUACCAUCAAUAAAGUUCGCUGCACGCCCCCCCCCCAAAAAAAAGACCUUCAUAUCUCAUCCAAGCUCGGCCAGACUUCUGUCUUACAAAAGUUUAAAUUAUUACAUCUGAAGCUCAUUGCAUUGGUAGUAAUGUGUUUUGCAGCAAUAGAACUAAAAGAAGUGACAUUUAAAAAGCAUCAUUUAAGAAAAGCAACCCCUGAAGAUGUAGUGUAUGAUCCAUGCCUAGUGGGAAAAAGCCACAGUGGAAAAAGAUAAGGAUGGAGUAUGUUACCGGGCCAGCUUCUUGUGACUGACACAGUAGAGGAGGGGCCAGAAGAACCUACUAUUAUACUCUCUCCGGCGGUGUGAAUGAGUCUCUUUAUCGUCUUUGCCAGGAGAUAUUUUCGAUUUUAAAUAAUAUCUUUUGCUCCAUUUUAAUUCUCUUGACUCCGUGUUCUCAGGUUUUACAUUAAUAUUGUAAUAUCUACUCUGAAUUGGGGAGCAUCUUUUGCUCUUGGCUUGUUUGCUUUUUGAGACAGGAUCUUGCCCCACAGCCCAGGCUGGUCUCUAAUUCUCAGCUCUCCUGCCUCAGUCUCCCUAGUGCUAGGAUCGCAGGCACACAUCGCCAUCCCAGGCUUUGGCUUAACUUUGUACACUUUGUUCAUUUAGAAUGAGAUAAGUUCGCAGGAAGAAGGUAGUGAACACUUUCUUUUUAUAAAAGCACUUAAACUGUUUAAUUUGAUUGUUACAAUUCAUGUUUUAUAUAUGUAAUAUCUAUGUUUUAUAUAUUUUAUAAACAAUAUGUUUUUUCUCCUCCUAUAAUGUUUUCCUGGUGUGUUCUCAUUUCAGCUUUUUCUAUGGGACAUUCCCAUUCCCCACUAUAGUUCUCAUCAAUAAAAACAAUACUUUCGUUUCUUUAGCA